UCCAACUCUUCUAACCUUCUGCAAGGGUUCAAGUUAGGGUUUACAACACUAGUUGAAAAAAAAACGAUGGCUUCUGCAGCCAGAUCAGCGAUCGUCUCUGGUGCGAGAAAAAUCACAACCACAACCAGAUCAAAUCUAAUUUCAAGAACCCUAACUCCCAAAUCCGUACACGUUCCUCCAUUUCAUUCAUCAACAAGAUCAGUUCCUCGCGCAGCUUCAAGGAUUGUUGCGGCAUUAGGAACUGUUGAGUCGAUGAUGCCUCUUCACAGUGCAAUUGCAUCUGCUCGUCUUAGAUCCAGUAUUGGUGUUGAGUCCACAUGUUGGAGCUGGUUGUCUCAAGACUUUGGACUACCUCGGUGACAAGGGCUUCAACCACAUUGCAUCACUGUCCUCUUCUACUCCUGUUUGGUCAUUUAUCUGAUGUUUUCCAUCAAGCUCGGUGUUUUGAAAGCACAAAUUGCAUAAUCUCAUUCAAUUUUCCCUGGAAGAACUGGAAAUGAAUUAAAGUUUAUGAAUCAUAUGGUCCUCUAUAUUCUAUAGCAUUAUUUGCAACAUCUUAUUGGUUGUCAUUUAUUUGAGAUGUUACUGUUGUGGGAAGUUUAUGAUCUGAUCUGGGCAAAAAAUCCGUCUUGAGACCCGAAUCAGUUAGUAGAUUUGUGCUUAA